UUUGAAGAAUGGCUGAUUUAGAUGGAGAUUCUGGUAUGCCAAAGGCCAGUAUUGGCAAUUAUAAAGGUGUCAUGCUCUGUAACAGACCGGACGAGUUCGGUCAGGUUCAGAAGCCAGAGAGACAAGGCAAACCUCCUUUUAUCUCAAGAGUAGAUCCUAAGGACAAGGUUGGCCUCAACCCAACUAAGAAGGUAAUUGUGGUCCAAAAGAAGAAAAAGGACACUAACAGCAUUCUUGUGAGGCAUAAGCGGUAUCUCAAAAUGUUGCAGGAAAAACGACUAAUUGAGAAAUUAGAAAAAGAAGAAGAGGAGAACAAGAAGGCAGAAACGUUAAAGAAAUUUAAGGAACAAACUUCUAACCAGAGAAAGAAAAUCACUAAACUUAAAAAUGAGAAAGAUGGAGACCAGGCCCAAGAAACCUCUCCUAAUCUUCUCCAAGACACUUCCCCUAUUAAAAUCGAAGAGCCAGUCCCUAUGCCAGAAGACAACAAAAAGGUCUCCCAACUGACCCAAGAAAACGUCAAAGAAUUCACAAAGAAAGCUUCCAAAAAACCCUCAAAACAAAAGCCUGCAUGGGCUAAAACCGAGCAACAGCUCCAAAAAGAAGAGGAGGAAGAAAUUGACGACCUUAUCGAAUUCGCCUACGACCUCGACUACGAAAAAUACAUGGAGGAUUUAGAAGUGAGACAAGCACUUGCUCUCGUCAGAGAAAGAGUUAAAGAGAUCAAGAAGGACGAUGAGUGGAGGGAGAACGCUGUUAAGGAAUGGGAACACCCAAACCCUAACGAAGGCCAAAAUGAUGAUGACAACCGCUCAGCUGUUUCUAUUAGGACUAGUGUUACAGGAAGAUCAAGAAUGUCAAAAGCCAGUAAAAAGUCUGAACUCAGAGAUGAGAUACAAAGAGAAGAGGAGAGAAAGAAGGAGCAAUGGGAUACUUCAACUAAUGCAGAAAAGAGAGAAAAGACAGUUGAAGAAAAACUUGCUUCCAAACUUGCCGACCAGAUUUUGGAAAAUAAUCCAAACUUAAAGGGAGUUCAUUCUAAGACUUCAAUGAGAAAAAUGCUUGAAAAAGAAGCUGCAAGGCAACUUGUUGAACAAGAUGGGGGUGGUUUUGAAGGUCCAAGGAUCACUACAGUAAAGGACCACGAGAUGAAGAAGGAUAUAGAAGCUUCGAAUCUCCCAUAUCUUCAUAAAAAUCCUGCUAUCUAAUAGAUCUUGCUAACGAUGCAUUCCAUAAC